AUGCUAUAUGAGUUGGUUAGUGUGGUUCGGGUAGUUAAUCCACUGGCGGCGAAUGCCGAAGCCAAAGAGCUUGCCACAACCAUAGGAAAAUUGAUAGUACAGAACAGAGGAGUUGUGAGAAGGAUUUUGCCCAUUGGCAACAAGCUUUUGCCAAAGAUCACAAGAAAGGAUCAGGAACAGCAUUUUCAAGGCUAUCAUUUUUUGAUGCUUUUUGACGCAUCGGCUCCCGUUCAAUCUGAAAUUUUAAGAACAUUGAAAAAGGAUCCGCGUGUAAUCAGAUCUUCUAUUGUAAAGAUGAAUACAACAAAAGAAUUAGACGUUGCAUCCUCGAUUGAAAGGGCAGCGGGGUACAGUUCUAUUUUGGACAAAGUAAAGAAAGAUGUCUUUUAA